CACCAUAGUACAAUCCCGCCAUGUGAUCACCUUCUCUUCGACAUUUUAUUCAGCUGCGGCCUUUGUAGUCAGCAACAUUUUCUGUGCCCUAUUGAAGGUGAUAGCUCUUGUUCUCAAGCCAACAUGUCCCUCAAAGCUGUUUGUGUGCUGGUGGGAGAGACAGUGAAGGGUACUGUAACGUUCACCCAGGCGAGCUCUGACUCGCCAGUAGAAGUCACAGGAACCAUCUCCAACCUGACACCACCCGGCAAGCACGGCUUCCACAUCCACGAGUUUGGGGACACCACCAAUGGAUGUACCAGUGCAGGAUCCCACUUUAAUCCAGCUAAGAAGAAUCAUGGAGGCCCACAGGAUGCUGAAAGGCACGUUGGUGACCUGGGUAAUGUUGAAGUUGGUGAUGAUGGUGUGGCCAGCAUUAAUAUCACAGACUCCCAGCUCCAGCUGACUGGUCCCAACUCCAUCGUUGGUCGUGCUGUAGUGGUGCAUGCUGGGGAGGAUGACCUUGGGAAAGGCGGCUUUGAGGACAGUCUGACCACUGGACACGCCGGGGGACGUUUAGCGUGUGGCGUCAUCGGCAUCACCAAGCAGGCAUGAGGCAACCUGCGGAGCCCUUUAACUGUCUACGGAGUGAAACAAAAGUUGUGACUGUUGUACCGGACUCGAUUGCCAAUAACAAUGAUACACUCAUGGAUACUUUGGGUCUGUGCGACUGUAAAAUGUCUUAUAGUCUCUUAGUAUUGCUAAUCAUAGUGACAGAUUCACAGAAGGAACUGCUCUUGAGUCUUUGGGUGUUAAGAUUUAAAUGUACAAUAAGUAGGAGUGUUGACCAUUGUGCAACUAUUUGGUGAUUUUGUUUCACCCUGUAAGAAGUUGAAAGAGGCUAAUACUGGUGUUUUCUGUUUCCUGUUGUGUUUGGUUAAUUUGUGCAUCACAUUGCUUCAAUUCGUACUCUCUUGAGCAAUGCUUCAAUGGAGCCUCACUGCCUAGCCUUGUCUUAAAGACUUAUCUGGAUCUAUCAAGAAGGCAAAAAUUGUUCUCAGAGAUGUAAUUUGCCUCUUACAUAAUGAGUAUGGUUCGUAUUGUGAAUAUCAGAAUAAACUGGCUACAUGCUGUGGGCAUAUAAAA